GCGCGAGCGCGCGACAAAAGCGCGGGUAACCGUCCGCCGAAAGUCCGUGGUGGCCGCGAGGGGAUAACUUGUUGCUUCGGGCGAUUAUUUUCGCCGCGUUUACCCACCCGGGAGCGAGUUCGAGAGCCUCGUCGGCGCGAGCGUGAGAGAGCGGAGCGGCGCACGAUGUUCGAGGCACGCCUGACGCAGAGCGCGAUCCUGAAGAAGGUGCUGGACGCGGUGAAAGACCUCCUGACCGAGGCGACUUUCGAAUGUUCCGACUCGGGGAUUCAGGUCCAGGCGAUGGACAACGCGCACGUCUCCCUGGUCUCGCUGAAUCUCAGGAGCGACGGCUUCGACAAGUACCGUUGCGACCGUAACCUGUCCAUGGGGAUGAGCAUCAGUUGCAUGUCCAAGAUCCUGCGAUGCGCCGGCGCGGAGGACACGGUGACCCUCAGGGCGUGGGACAAUCCCGAGUCUAUCGUCUUUAUAUUCGAGUCGCCGAACAAGGACAAGCUGGCCGAGUACGAGAUGAAAUUGAUCAACAUGGAUCAGGAGCACCUGGGCAUACCCGAGACCUCGUACUCGUGCGUCGUGAAAAUGCCGACCGCGGAGUUUACCCGCAUAUGCAGGGACCUGAGUCAGUUCGGGGAGUCGAUAACCUUCGCGUGCACCAAGGAGGGUAUAAAGUUCAGCGCGUCCGGCGACUACGGCUCAGCCAACAUCAAGCUGGCGCAGACCGCGGAUGCGGAUAACGAGGAGGAAGCGGUAAUAGUUAAUAUGCAGGAGCCCGUGAAGCUGACGUUCGCCUGUCGCUAUCUGAAUUGCUUUGUGAAAGCCGGUCCUCUUUGCAACCAAGUCACGUUGUCCAUGUCCGACGACGUGCCUCUCGUAUGCGAAUACAAGAUCGGCGAUAUUGGGCACAUCAGAUAUUACCUGGCGCCCAAGAUCGACGACGAGGAAGAAAACUAAAAUAACGAUAGAAAUAGAAUUCGUAUACAUGGAACUGUAAUUAUCGAUGCUACAUCACGUGCUGUUGUUUCUCGGAAAAUUUUGCCCUAUUAGCAUUCGACGCUCGUCAUAUUUAUUUCAAUAGGAAACGGAUUAGUGGGCUCGAUAAUUUCAAGGAGGGAUGAUGCCAUACACACUUGCUAAUCUGAGAAAAUUAAAUACACCGUUAUUCGACAUUGAGGUACAAGUAAGGCAAAGUUAAAGGUACUUUUAAGGUAAUAUAUUAUUUUAAUUUUACAUUUAAAAGUUAUUUGGCUCGUCACAGUGCUAGCGCGAUGCAGAAUUGACACUAAAAUUUAUAGUAGAGUGACACAAUGGUUAGUAUAGCAAAAUGGUGUCAUCCUCUUAAUUAAUAUUCACAUUAUUAAUGUUCCAGAGACUGUGACAGUAUUUUGAUAAUAUCGCAUUGUUCUUUUUUUUUAUAUGUAAGAAGAACUCAAUAUAUUUUCAAAAAAUUUGAUAAA